AUGUCUUACUCUACAGAGGUCAAGAAGUUGCUGGAAGAAGGUGCGAAGAGUUACGCAAGCAAGAACUUUGAAGUUGCCAUUGAGAACUACGGAGAAGCGUGUCAGCUCUAUUCGCAAGAUCACGAUGGUGAAGAGGACCCAGAUCUUCUCUUGUUGUAUGGAAAGGCUCUCUUCCAACUGGCGCAGUCGAGAAAUGGGUUGUUUGGAGGCAACCCUGAUGCAACAGAUGACAAGGAGGGAGAAGCUGGGACAGAUGCCGAUGCAAAGCCAUCGAAUGCCAAUGGGAUGUUCACAUUUAGCGAAGAUGUUCCAUUAGCAGAGGAGGAGGAUGAAGAUGAAAAUUCGGCUAAAGAAGAAGAAGAGAAACAAGACGAGGAAGAGGAUGAAGAGGAAGAAGGUGCAAAAGACGAAAAGAAAGAUACUAAUGAAGAGGAAGAAGAGCAAUCAGAUUUUGAAGUUGCAUGGGAGAUCUUGGACCUUGCUCGUGCACUUUUUGAAUCCCAGAUUGGAGGAAUGACUAAUGAUAUUCCUCAAGACGCUAAUAAAUCCCAAGAUCCUGUGAUACAAACAAAGCUGAAACUCUCGGAGAUUUACGACCUGCUUGGUGAAAUCUCCCUGGAAACUGAAAACUUCAAACAGGCUUCUGACGAUUUCGAAUCCCUACUCAAAGUUAGAGAGUCGUUGUACCAGUUCAAUUCAAACAUGAUAAGUGAAGCCCAUUACAAGCUAUCGUUGGCCCUGGAGUUCAACUUUGAUGAUAAAGAAUCAAAGGACAAGGCGAUUACCCAUCUGAAACUUUCCAUCGAAUCUAUAAAGCAAAAUACGGAAAAUGCAGAAAAGAAUAAAGACGUUGUUAAAGAUUUGGAGAUCAGGCUGGAGGAUUUACAAAAAGAUCCAAACGAAAUCUUUAACCAGCAAAAGCAAGAAAUUAUGAAGGGUAUUCUCGGUGAAGCUAAAAAUCAAACCUGGAAAGACUGA